CAUUGCAUUGCCUUCUUUAUUAUGUUCUACACAUGACAGCCAUCAUAAUGACACCGACAUCCCCAACCACACCUCAGAAGCGUCAAUCAUACGAUCCCUAUCUCGUCCAGAGCACCUCCCCUUCCCUCUUCGCCGCCGGGUGCAGUUCGCCAGCUCAGACUCCCGGGUCGGCGCACAGAUCGAGUCGGAGUAUGGGGAGCCUCAACAAUGUACUGGAGCACCCGGUGCAUUCCAGUUUGAAAGGGAAAGGGGUGGAUAAAAGCGAAGUGGACGAUAGACGUCGAAGCAUGGAUAGCCCAGGCCUCAGGAAGCUAGGAAGAAGGAGCGAGACUUUGCCUGAUUGGCUAGUCAAAGGAAAAGAGAAAGGCAGAGUGAAAGACAUUAAUCUGCCGGGCAAUCCUAAGCAAUGGGCUCCGUCUGAAUUAGCCCAGUAUUUGACAUAUGAAUUACGUACAGGCGGUCCAGAUGGUACAGGCAAAAUUCUGCCUGCGCCAUUGAUAGCCGAUAUUGAGUCUUGGGUGCUGAGGCAACGUGUAUCUGGAACACUCUUCCUAGAGGGUAGCUCGGAAGGAUGGGGAAACAACACAUCAAGAGCACCUCCAUUCAUACCCCUCUUGCAAACGAUUGCCCGCCGCCUGCGCCGCAGAUCACUCCUAGACCCGCAUUCCCUGCCUAAUUCUCGGUUCCCUGGGUCGUCAACACUCUUGGAGGAAGAUGAAACUUCGUACGAUGACGCGACGACAGGAGUGAAGCGGAUGGCAAAAGCCUAUGAUGCCCGUUCAUCUGCUUCUGAAACAAGCUUCAGCGGUGAUGAUGAGGGCGAACUCUCACGACUUGUUGCUCAACAUACUGGGGACAGUGUUAUCGAACGUUGGAGAAGAUGGGAAGAGACCGGGGAGGCACUCAAACCGUCGGAACAUGAAGAGUACAUCCAGGGGUAUGGGAGAAAAAGGAAUCUGUCUGACGUGUCAAGUUUAUCGAGCGUUUCGCAUGGCUCAGCAACGUCUGAAAGAGUCGGAAGGAAGAGUCCAACAAUGGAGGAAAUGUUGCAGGACGUGGGAGAAAAUUUGGAUGAUGAGGACGAAGAUAUGGGAAGGGCCACCAUCAAACCACCUCCAAAGGCUGCAGAUGCCAUACUUUCCCCUGAUGGGCGACUUCAUAAGCAGGCUACGUCUGAACCAUUACAGCAAUAUGAUCCCCUGGUGGACAAAUUGAAGUCUCCCAAUUCAAAUUUUUACUCUAUUUCUGAAAGACGUUCUAUUCGUGGUCGAGCAUCGGUUGCCCCUGCGCUUGAACACGCAAUACGACCUUCUGGCUUGGAUGUGCCAGCCGAACCGGAUUCGAAAGAAGUCACCCCGUCCGCGACCCCAUCUAAAGCUAAAGUAUUACCUCCCAACGAACUUCUCACCAACGGAGGGCAUUUUCCUGAGAAUAUGAACCGUUAUGCUACCCUUGGCAAGUCAUCUACCAACAGACGACAUCCCCAUCAGUUGCUCUCACUGGAACUCAAUGACGGAGAUGCCGAUGAGCAAGACGAAGGCAGCGAUGAAGGGCACUGGGAAACGGCUAGGAAGGUCACACUUAGACCCACGCGAGCUGCUGCUCAUGAUUCGUCUAAAGCAGACAUCAGACCAACAGAUAAAGUGAAGGAAAAGGAGGAGAAGAAGAUGGGAGAGCAGAUGGCCCAGCUCAUGGAAAGAAUCAAGGAUUUGGAAGAGAGAUUACAAACUGCCACUUCAUCCAACGUCUUACCUCCUGUAGUACCAGUCAAUGUACCGCCCAGGGAGAAGAAGUUCGCCUUGCUUGACCUUCUUGGCUGGAGCAAGGAUGAGGAGGACGAUUUACCGAGAAGGGUCAAAGAAUUGCCCGCAUAUUUAUUUUUGGUUGGAGUGGGUGUCGGUGCGAUUGUUGUCGGGGUAAUUCUAAGGAGGCGAUGAUUGCAAGAACCAUCUUGUUGGAUUACUGUGCGAAGAGAAAGAAGUUGUUUUCUAUGAGUUAUGAAAUAGAAAGGUGGUGCUCCUUGUUUUGUUUUACCAUUUACAGUUUUGUAUAUAUGUAGGAUUGUC